AUGCCGCCCCGCAACAACCCCCUUCCCGCCGCAAUGCGCCUCUUCAACUGCUCCAUUUGCGACAAAGGCUACCCGCGCCAGCUCGAUUACGAGAACCACCUGCGCUCCUACGACCACAACCACCGCCAGCGCCUUGCCGACAUGAAGAAGCUGACCGCCUCCAACGACGCUGAGAGCCAGAAGCCAAAGCAGAGCGUUGAGCUGAGGGCCGUGGACGGAAAGGGCGCACUUGCUGGGAAAGGCUUCACGAAGAUCGGUGGUGCUGCAGGGCUGGGCAAGGGCUUCACCAAGAUCGGAGGCGGGUUCAAGAAGGUGGGCAUUGCUGUGGACGCCGAUAAGAAAGAAGGGAAAAAGGCGAACGAGGCCGCGGUGCCUGAAGCGGUGGUUGUGAGUGUAGAGGUUGCACCGCAAGAGAUACAAGCAGACCUCGCGAAACAGGAGGAUGUAGUCAUGGGCGAGAGUGUUGAGGAAGAGGCUAUCAUGUGGGAAGAAUACGACUUCACUAAGCCCACUGGGUGCGACCAUACGGCCUGUGGCGGUUGCAAGACUGAUGGGAUCUGGGGUGGUAGUUGGGUUGUGGUCUGA